AUGGUAUACCUUCCCCAUACAGCUGGUGAGACAGCAAUGCCAACACGAGAAACGUGAGCAUAAUUGUUUUUGUGUGUGAGCUGAAACGGCAGAAUCUCACAACUUUCCUACCAGAUCUCGUUUUCUUAACGGUGUUUGAGAAGGAAAGUCAGUCCAUUCGCUUCGUCUUCUUUUUUCAUUCUUCAUCGUUGAUGGUUUGAUCGCGCCAAGUUGUUCGUUUUUGCAGAUUAUUCGAUGGCGAAAGCUCUUCACAACGCGCCAAUUCGGAUGACGACGAUCGGCAUCAGGUAAGCGCAGUUUUACAAUCUUGAGGUUGGCUUAACGAGGGGUGGAGGAUUUUAAAAUCUUGAGGUUGGCUUAAGGAGAGGGGUGGGGAGAUUUACAAUCUUGAGUUUGGCUUAAGGGGAGGGGUGGAUGGGAGUGGAUUUAAAUAAAAAUUUUUUUUUGACAAAUGUUGGGCGAGGAAGGGAAGGUUAAUCUAAUUUUUUGAGUAUUUGGGUUAGGGGUGCAUCUGAAAGGAUUUCUACUAGGCCCGGUACGGCCCAACUGUCGCUUUCACUGUUCUAGUCAGGGUAGAUAACGGUAGUAAAUGUUAUGCGUUUCUUUUUUUUUAAGAUUUAAAACGUUUUACGACUUUUUUCGAAGCAUUCAAAGGUCGAAAUGACUCAUAAAACCGUGAAGUAGAUUGGGGAUGGUUACAACUAAUCUCACAGACGAAUAAUUGAGAGAUUAGUCACCGGUUUUACUCGGAUUACUGUUACAGUAAAAAGAGGGGCAUAACAAUUUACAUCAUAACUAUAAAAACUUUUUAAUGGCAUACUUUUAUAGAAUAACAACUUUAUAAUGUCACACUUUUAUAGAGUAACCACUUUUUAAUGUCAUGGUUUUAGGAAGUGGAGCCAUCCCCAACUUUUGUCGAAAAACAACUCCUCGCCUUGCACAUAUCACUUAAACUUGAGGUAGAUGAAGAGAAACGCAAAGUCACUCAACUGUUGGGCAUUCUACGCCAAGUCCGAGCUCAAUUGCCGGAGGCGGCGGUCAAAACCUUGGAUGCUAGCCAGAACAGUCAGCUAGAAGAAACAGGUAACGAUGACAAUGUGAGUAGGGACGAUCUCACCGAACUGGAACGAGAACGUGACGCUCUACAGGCAGAUGUGGUCAAAUACCGCCACUUGUGCGGGUUGUUGAGGGCGCGGCUCGAACAAUACAACUUGAUGCUGAGUUCGGCCCAAAAAGAGGAUUCAGUGCCGCCGAAUGAAGCCGGUGAAUCGGUGGUUACAAGGUUUUAG